AUGGCUGCUCCGAAGAUAAUCGUGCUCGGUAGCCUCAACGGCCAGCUUGAGGCGGCCUUAAAGAAGCUGGGCACCCUCCACGCAAAGAACCACUUCUCCCUUGCGAUUCUCACCGGCGACGUCUUCUCGCCCGAAACCGAUGACGACCUGAUAUCGUCGCUGCUAAACGGCGCGCUCGAGGUGCCGUUGCCCACCUACUUCACCAUCGGCACGCACGCUCUGCCCCCACGCAUCGCCGCCAAGGUCGAAGCCGACGAGGAAAUCUGCCCGAGCCUGCACUUCCUCGGCAAGCGCAGCAUCACCAAGACGUCGGAAGGCAUCCGCAUUGUCUCCCUCGGCGGCCUUCUAGACACAAACUUGGUCGGCGGACAGUCAAAGGAGCAGCACUUGCCCUUCCACACCGAGGAUGACGCCAGGGCGCUCCGUGGCGCAAACACCGCCGACAUUCUCUUGACGUCCAUGUGGCCCGCCGAUGUCUGGAGGGGAUCCAAGGUGGGACUUGAGCCUGCGCAACAGGCCGCGAUCCAAAGCACAAAGUCCAUCGCCGACCUCUGCGCGGCGCUAAAACCUCGAUACCACAUCUCGUCCUCCCACGGCGCAUUCUUCUACGAGAGGGAGCCAUUCUUGCAUCCCACCUCCAGUAGCAUGGAUGAGAUUGCCGCGACGCGCUUCAUUUCGAUGGCCCCUUACGGCAACGACGCCAAGGCGAAGGCCAUGUAUGCUUUUGCCCUGAACAAGUCGGACACGGCUCCCCCGACAGGUGCUACCAGAUCGCCCUUCGCGCCGGCUCAAGCAAAACGUGAACGCGAGGAUAAUGGCUACAGCCGGUUCGGACACCACGAUGACCACCACGGCCGCCGCAACAAGCGCCGGCGCGCCGCGAUGCCGCCCCCAGGCCCCGAUCAGUGCUACUUCUGCUUGUCCAAUCCCAACAUAUCGGCGCACAUGUGCUGCAGCAUCGGCGAGGACGCCUACCUCACGACUGCUAAGGGCCCUCUACCAACCUCCAAGACCUUUUCAGAACAGAGUCUCGACUUCCCUGGUCAUUUCAUCAUCAUCCCGCUGCCUCACGCCCCCACUAUCCCCAGCAUGGGCCCCACCGACGAGCCAGACGGCGAGGCCGUCAAGACGUACAAGGAGAUGACGCGAUUCCGCGAGUCGCUGCAAGCCAUGAUCGCCGCGCGCUCCUCGCACAAGCUCGGCGCCGUCACAUGGGAGAUCAGCCGCGACAGCAACGUCCACCUCCACUGGCAGCUCGUGGCCGUGCCCGCGGACCUGAUCCGGAAGGGCGUAGCCGAGGCCGCCUUCCGCGUCGAGGCCGAGAACGAACGCUACCCGGCCCUCAAGUCGCGCGACCUCGCCCUCAACGAGCAGGCCGCCUGCGGCGACUUCUUCCGCGUGUGGCUCUGGGCCGACGACGGCGAGGACCGCAUUAAGGGCACGUCCCUCGUCAUGCCGCUGCCCCAGGACCUGCGCUUCAACCUCCAGUUCGGCCGCCGCGUCCUCGCCAAGCUCCUUGGCCUCGAGGCCCGCUUCACCUGGCAGGACUGCGCGCAGACCGAGGAGGAGGAGACGCGCGACGUCGAGGCCUUCCGCUCGGCCUUUAAGGACUGGGACUUUACCCUCCAAGAGGAUGGCGCCUGA